CACACACCUCGUUCCCCAUCGCCGCUCUCGUCCUCCCCCGCCACUCGCUGUCGGAACUGUUGGCUUGCUCCCCGAUGAGAUGGCUACUCAGUCGUGCGUCUAUGAUGUUCCUAUGGCUCUCGACUCCACUUUGUCUCGCACACGUGGCUUAGACCCCAGCUCUGCUAUGGAGCGCAAUAACCAGCAUCUCAGCGACUGUCUAGACCAUCUACUGGGUCCCAUGCCUCCUGACGACUUUCUUGAUACCUUUUUACCCUUGAGCUCUCAGGAAAACAAGAGCGGGAAAGCUCGGAGCAGGAAUGCUUUCAAGGAUGUGCCCGUGCGUUGGGCCGCAUUCGACGAAAUGUGUAGCCGUUUGCUUCCUGCUCUGAACAAAUGCACACCCAAGCAAGCUCGCUGUCCUGGAUUUGUUUUCGAGGUCGCUGCCACACGCAGUCUACAUCCUAGGGAACCGGGCUUCAUGAAACCCGGGAUCUGCUGCUACGCUUCCGAUAAUGUAGCAGCCGUUCAUAACUCCUCCUUCGAGUCUCGCGUCGAGCUGGGCUACGCCGAGCUAUUCAUAGACAUGAAGCCGGACCCCAUGGACGAUUUCUUCAUCGACCCGCCUUCGAACAUCAAUGACGAAUUGCGCGACUCUCAUGAGUUUCUACGUCUUGUGGAAGAUGAUCCUGUCAAUGCCAUCCAUACCCUCGGACAGCAUGUCGCAUUUGUGACUGAAAUUCUUGCUCGACAAUUCCGAACCUUUCUCUUCUCCAUUUCCCUGUCUGGCUCUUCCGCGCGACUUCUCCGUUGGGAUCGGUCAGGUUGCGUGGUCACUGAGGCCUUCGACAUUCGAAAAUAUCCCGAGACGUUAUGCGAAUUCCUAUGGCGUUUUUCUCAGACGUCAAACGCAGGUCGUGGCCAUGACACCUCUGUGCAGCUCGCCCCGCCCAACGAGCAAUCACUCUUCCUAAACGCCCUCAGAAUUGAGGUUCGCGCCCAACUUGAACUCGACGAUCCGGCCAUCGAAGAGGCCGUCCGGGAGCAUUAUUCCCCAGGACAUGUCUAUACCAUCGACAUUCUACGCCAGGAUUUGCCGGCCAGCAUGGACACUACGCGUCGCUACCUCGUCUCCCGCCCAGUCAUUUCGCCACUCACUUUGGUUGGACGGGGCACAAGAGGCUAUUGGGCCGUGGAUGUGGUCACGCGCUCGGUCGCGUUCCUCAAGGACACUUGGCGUCUGACUGCAGUGGAAGAAUUGGAAGCUCAUACCCUGCAGCGCCUCAACGAUCUUGGAGUGCGCCACGUCCCGUUGCUGGCCUGGCACGGCGAUGUUUGCGAGUCAACUCACUCGUCCGAGCGACCCACUGCCAGGGACUACCAAAGGACCUCGACGGAUAGAGUACGAUCGGCGUCUUGGUUGUGCCAAGUGAAUCAACGCAAGGUUCACAUCUCCAGGAGACGCCACUAUCGUGUAGUCCUGGGGACCGUCGGAUACGGCGUCUCACGUCUCCGUGGUGCAGAAGAGCUUCUCCAUGCAGGUUAUGAUGUAUAUAUUGCCAUGAGGGACGCGUUCGCGAAGGACUCCCGCAUCCAUAGGGACUUGAGCGUCGGUAAUAUCAUCUUGGUCAAGCAUCCCGACCACCCGAUUCGAAAAGGAUACUUGAUCGAUUGGGAGGUAUCAUGCAAAGUGGAUGAUGUUGGCGAGGCUCGCGAAGUGGGGCGUGCUGGCACAUGGCGAUACCUUUCGAGACGGAUGCUGAGACCCGACGACUACGAGCUCAAGCACACCUUCCAAGACGACAUGGAAGCUCUCUUCUAUGUCGUCCUAUGGUGCGCCCUGAUGUAUCAACCUCACAACCUAACUCUGGAGGAACUCCGAAAGUUCGUCGCUGAAUUUUUCGACGAGCGGAUGCCCUUCGGGCCUGGUAUUGUGCGAGGAGGGGGCGCCAAGGUGAUGAACGUCAUGUUUCGAUCGUAUACCUCGACUAUCGAAUUCGGCAGUAAGCAUCUCGGGGAGUGGAUCAACACCGUCGCAGACUUCCUCAGCUCUGGCGACAGGUGGAAGGGCAGAGAUCAGGAUAAGUGGUCUAAUCCAGAGCAUCUUGAUGUGUAUUGGGCUACCUUCCUCCAGACGCACACAUUGGAACGAGACAAUCGAUUCGUACACGUUCUCCGCUCGCCGCGCGAAGAUGGUUUUACCCCUCCCGCUUCAAGACCGCCAUCGCAUCAUCUGCAAUCCAGUCAUACUCCACCCCUCGUCCCAUCUCACACAUCGGAUCGCCCAAAACAGGAGUCGAGGAAACGUCCGUCGUCCGAGCCGAAUCCGGACGCUGAAUCCCGGAUGGCCAAGCGUUUCCGUUCUGGACGUGCUCGCGUACAGCAGGCGGCCACGAAGGAUGAUCGAGUGCUUGAGUGUGCACGGUCUCCCUCGGAAGGCAGGAGACGCAGCGAGCGGCUGGUGAAGAAGAGGGAGGAAGAGGUGCGUGUAGCGGAGGAGAAGAGGCAGAAAGACCGAGCAGCGGAGAAAGCGACUGCACGGGGGAAGGGUAGGGGAGGUGCGAGGGUAGUCGCUGCUGGUACAGCAUCCAAGACUACUCGCACGCGCACGACGUCAGAGACGGGCAGGGGGAGCUCUCGAAAGCCAAGAGUGAGACGUGCAGCUUCUUACGGAGCAUGAAUACCAUCGAGUUGCUUAGAUUUCUUGUUGUACUCCUGACCAUCAUCUGUCUCUCCCAGGUAUUCAUGUAUGUUAGCUAGCUAUUGUCGAUAGUACUUGAUACAGUUCCCUGCCAGAUGACAAUUGCAACAUUUUACUUUGUUCUAAUCUUGAC